UUAACCUAAUUUUUUAAGUGUAGAAGUAUCUUCUAUUCCAUGGGAGGAAGACAUAUAAUUAAAGCCAAGGGGAGAAAAAACAGAGACCAGACACAAGAAGAAACCAUGAAACAACCGACAUAUCCUUCAACUACUUUCCUUCUUCUUCUUCUCUCUUCUUUGCUGCUCACUCCCACCGCCGCCAUUAAAAGGUCCUAUGUUGUCUACAUGGGAGCUCAUUCCCACGGCGGUCGGAAACCGGCUGAUAUUGUCGCCGAUUCUCACCGAGAACUCCUCCGACCAUAUCUCGAGAGUGGAAAUGAAUUUGCCGAAGAUGUCAUCUUUUACUCGUACACUAGACAUAUCAAUGGCUUUGCAGCAAUGUUGGAAGACGAAGUAGCUGCUCGAUUAGCAAAGCACCCAGAAGUAGUGUCGGUUUUUCCGAACCGAGGAAGACGGUUACACACGACAAGAUCAUGGGAGUUCAUGGAAUUGGAGAACAAUCAUGGAGUUAUAAGUUCAGAAUCAAUAUGGAAGAAGGCAAGGUUUGGAGAAGACACCAUUAUUGGAAACCUUGAUACUGGGGUAUGGCCGGAAUCAAAAAGCUUUAGUGAUUACGAUGAUUUGGGACCAAUUCCCCAAAGGUGGAGAGGAAUAUGCCAAAACCAAAAUGAUCCUUCUUUCCAUUGCAAUAGGAAACUAAUCGGAGCAAGAUACUUCAACAAAGGCUACAAAUCCGUUGUCGGUCAUCUAAAUUCUUCGUUCAAUUCGCCGAGGGAUAAUGAAGGGCAUGGUUCUCAUACCUUAUCGACGGCGGGCGGUAACUUCGUCGCCGGAGCUAGUGUUUUCGGCUUGGGAAAGGGCAUUGCCAAGGGCGGAUCGCCUAGGGCUCGGGUGGCCGCUUACAAGGUCUGCUGGCCUCCAGCGGCUGGGAAUGAGUGCUUCGAUGCCGAUAUAUUGGCGGCGUUUGAUGUGGCGAUCCACGACGGCGUCGACGUGUUGUCGGUGUCGCUUGGAGGAGAUCCGAAUCCGUUGUUUAACGAUAGUGUUGCAAUUGGAUCAUUCCACGCCGUGAGGCACGGGAUUGUGGUGAUUUGCUCUGCCGGAAAUUCGGGACCGACAGCCGGUUCCGUGACGAAUAUUGCGCCCUGGCAGAUCACCGUCGGAGCCAGCACCAUGGACAGGAAGUUCCCUAGUCGUGUCGUUCUUGGGAACAAGAAGCAAAUUGAGGGCGAAAGCCUAACCCCUGAAGGUUUGCCAAGCAGGAAGUUCUAUCCACUCAUGAGUGCUGCAGAUGUUAGAUUGGCCAAUGCAUCAGCUCAUGAAGCUCAAUUGUGUAAAGCUGGUACGCUUGAUCCUAAGAAGGCGAAGGGAAAGAUCCUCGUCUGCCUUCGUGGUGAUAAUGCAAGAGUGGACAAGGGCGAGCAAGCAAUGUUGGCUGGAGCUGUGGGUAUGAUUCUCGCCAACAAUGAGCUCAGUGGGAAUGAAAUCCUUGCGGACCCACAUGUUCUUCCAGCCUCGCACAUCAACUUCACUGAUGGCGUUGCAGUUUUUGCAUACAUCAAUUCAACCAAGUUCCCUCAGGCUUACAUCACAGGAGCUACAACUCAAUUAGGUACAAGGCCAGCUCCAUUUAUGGCAGCAUUUUCAUCAGUUGGACCAAGCACUAUUACUCCAGAGAUCUUAAAGCCUGAUGUUACAGCACCGGGGCUGAGUGUUAUAGCUGCUUAUACUGAAGCAGAAGGACCUACCAAUCAAGAAUAUGAUAAGCGUCGGGUUGCUUUUAACUCGGUAUCAGGAACUUCCAUGUCAUGCCCUCAUGUUUCUGGUAUAGCUGGUCUCCUUAGAACUCUUUACCCUCACUGGAGUCCUGCCGCUAUUAAAUCUGCAAUCAUGACCACGGCAAGCACCUUAGACAACAACUUCAAGCCGCUCCUCAACGCGUCCUACUCCGUGGCCACGCCAUUCAACUAUGGAGCAGGACACAUCCAUCCAAAUAAAGCUACAGAUCCUGGCUUGGUCUAUGACAUAACCAUUACUGAAUAUCUGUCAUUUCUAUGUGCCUUAGGAUACAACAAAGCUCAACUAUCACAGUUCUCCAAUGGCCCCUUCAAUUGCUCGGAGCCUAUUAGUCUUACAAAUCUCAACUAUCCUUCAAUCACUGUCCCUAACCUCUCGAGAUCGAUCACAAUUACUCGAAGACUAAAGAACGUCGGUUCUCCCGGAACGUACAAAGCCGAGAUAAGAAGACCGGCUGGGAUAUCAGUUUCGGUUAAGCCAAAGAAGUUGAGCUUCACAAGAUUAGGUGAAGAGCUGAGCUUCAAAGUUCUCAUGAAAGUCAAGGAAGGGAAUGUAGGAAGGGAGAAGAAUUAUGUAUAUGGUGAUUUGAUAUGGUCUGACGGUAAGCACCAUGUAAGAAGCCCUAUUGUGGUAAUGGCAAUCUAGUAGAAAGCUAAGGAAAGUCGAUUCAAACAGGUCCACGAUUUAAUUCGGUUGGUUGGCUUAGUUUCUUUAUUUUAGCGCGACACCUCGACUUGUAAACGAUGACUUUAGCUUGAGUCCUCUUUUCGCUCUUUUGGAUUGUUUGGCUCAUGUUCGACCUUCGUCUUUUAUAAUAAUGAUUGAUACAGUGAGGGAAAACAACAA